AUGUCUCUGAAAAUACCAGUAGGUUACACAAGAGACUCUUUGCUGCUGAUGACUUCCUCUUACAUCACAUGGCAGAUGCCAAGAACUUUUGUAACCUUUGCCCUACAUAAUUCUGAAAGAAAAGUGAUGAGAUAUGAAGAUGUUGUACCUAAAGAUGAUGGCAAGCAGUGUUCAUCGGCCGGGAAGCAAGAGGACAAAAGGCGUGCCAGAGCAAACAAGCUGCGCUGUUCAGUAACGAAAACAUCCCUGUCCAAGGUACAAAGGGUGCUCCUAGAAGUCCAGCAUGCCAGCAAACAGAUCACGGCAGAGAAGCAGUACAAGGGUAUCAUCGAUUGCAUAGUCCGCAUCCCCAAGGAGCAAGGCAUCAUCUCCUUCUGGAGAGGCAACCUGGCCAACGUCAUCCGGUACUUCCCCACCCAGGCCCUCAACUUUGCCUUCAAGGACAAGUACAAGCAGAUCUUCCUGGGGGGAGUGGACAGGCGCAAGCAGUUCUGGCGCUACUUCGCAGGGAACCUGGCGUCCGGGGGUGCGGCGGGAGCCACCUCCCUCUGCUUCGUCUACCCGCUGGAUUUCGCCAGGACCCGGCUGGCGGCUGAUGUGGGCAAAGGAGCCAGCGAGAGGGAGUUCACUGGGCUGGGCGACUGCAUCAUGAAGAUCUUCAAGUCUGAUGGCUUGAGGGGCCUGUACCAAGGAUUCAGUGUGUCUGUCCAGGGCAUCAUCAUCUACAGAGCAGCCUAUUUUGGGGUUUAUGACACGGCCAAGGGUAUGUUGCCUGAUCCAAAGAAUGUGCAUAUCGUAGUGAGCUGGAUGAUUGCCCAGACUGUCACUGCAGUAGCAGGGCUGGUUUCUUACCCUUUUGAUACUGUGCGACGUAGGAUGAUGAUGCAGUCUGGCCGAAAGGGAGCUGAUAUUAUGUACAAGGGCACAAUUGAUUGCUGGAAGAAGAUAGCUAAAGAUGAAGGAUCCAAAGCGUUCUUCAAAGGUGCCUGGUCGAAUGUGUUGAGAGGCAUGGGCGGAGCUUUUGUAUUAGUACUUUAUGAUGAAAUCAAGAAAUAUGUCUAA